AUGAAAGGCAGCGAAUCUCCUCCCGCUAGCCUGUCAACUCUACCGGUUGAGCUGGGCCAUUACAUCGCCCGCUUCCUAGCCAAUCGCGACAUCAAAUCGCUACGCCUCACAUCAUCUUCACUACGCGCUCGCUUCACCUUGCGUUUAAAACGAGUCUUUAUUUCGGCAAGCCCUCGUAACCUCAAGGUUGUCAAAGAAGUCGCAGACCAUGAAGUCUUUCGCCAUGGUGUGACCGAGAUAAUAUGGGACGAGAGCGAGUUCCAGUAUACAAGUAGUAAAUUGAGGACGCGCGAUUGGGAUUGGGGGUAUUAUCUGGAUUCGUGCCGUGAAGACAUUUGCGAACUGGCCGGAGGCUGGACGAACGCCGAUCUGACAGGUCGGCCGGAUGAUGCUACUCGUCAACUUGCGGCAGCCAUGUCACGGGACGAGUGUGAACAACUCUAUUCUGAGUUAGCGGACGAGGAAGAGUGUAUACUCAAGUCUGGGGAGGAUAUCAAAGUAUUUGAGUAUGCCCUCGACAGAUUUCCUCUGUUACGUCGGGUAACUAUCUCGACCAAAGCUCAUGGGAGAUUGUUCAUGCCCAUGUACGAGACGCCCAUGAUUCGCUCGUUCCCGUAUGGUUUCGUAUAUCAUUUGCCAGAUUUAUCUGGUCAAAGUGUCUAUGGCUAUGAUUCGAGCUUGCUGUGGGAAGAUGAGCAAUCUGGGAAUAGACCAAAGUACACUGUCCACAGGCGCGGCGUCUGUAGCUCUCUGAGGAUGCUUGCAAGACAUGAAAGGCACAAGGUCUCCGAAUUCAUUAUCGAAGAUCUGACACGCAUUAACUCAGUUUCCAAAUUCGACAACAAAGGCUACGCACUUGCGGACUUGAAGUCACUCAUUCAGAGGCCCGGCUUCAGUCGAUUGCAUCUAUUUGCCGACGACCCAAAGGGGCACGAAAUUUUGGAGAAGGUCGAAAAUCUUCAGAGCCUUCGUAUUUGCGGCCGGUGGAGCGAUGCUUAUUUGCAAUUUCCAAGAUGCGUGAUGCAAAGCCUUCAAAACCUCGAGUUAGACAAACUCGAACUGGAAGCACAUAACUUCAUGACAUUUGUAGGACCCUUGAAUUCACUUCGUUCUCUGCAGCUGCGUUAUGCUAUCUUUUCGCGCCAGUACGGGGUUGAGGAGGAAACGGACCCGAACCCGACGGGAAAUCCACACGAAUUUCUCAAUGCAUUGAAAGAAAAUGAUUGGUGCAGUCGGUCUUCGCGGCCAAAGGUCACCAUUGAGCUUGUCGAUGGUUCCUGGUAUGAAGGUCAGAUGUUGAGACUUGACUCAGACGUCGACGAGUUUCUGUAUGAGAAUGGAGAAAAUCCAUUUGUGCCAGACAAGUUUGAGGUUUUUCGUGGGCAUUCGCAUUUCGUGUCUCAAGAUAUGGAUAAGAUAUGCGAGGGUAAAGGAAUUGAGGUGGAUGAAUAUGAUCCCGAGUAUGAGCGACCGAAUUUUGACGACGAGACACGAGAACGCCUGGGAAUAGCCUCGACACACUACAGAAGGGAUAAGCCCUGGGGUGAUAGUGAAUGGGGGCCUCAAACAUGCCCCAAAUUGGAAGAACAGGACACAAACCCUCACUCUGAAGGGCCACUUGAAUUGGCGCAGACGUUUGGGGAGACUAUGAGACUAUCAUGA